AUGAAGUCCUCUCUCGUGCCUCUCGCGUCUCUGGCUGUCCUGGGGGAAUGUCUUUCUCUCCCUCCUCUUAUUCCCAGCAUUCCGGGAGUCACGGAUGUUCUGACCGAGAAUGCCCCUCCUUUGCCGAUUUUGCAAGUGCCGACUCCCCCGCUUGAGAGUCCUCCAUUUACUCCGAGUGACAUCAAGCCCAAGAAGAUCGGUUACUUCUGGACUGGCUCGGGUGAUAAGAAGCACAAGGACUUCCUUGCUACCUACAGUCUUGAUGAUGACACCUUCGGCACGCUCCUCUGGGUGACUGAUGUUCCGUCAAGCGGUAACGAUCCCCACCACCUUGGCCCGUCUCUUGAUGGCAAGACCUUGGUUGGCGGUGGACUGCUGUCCCUGCUUAAGACCCAGGAUACCGCGUUUUACUUCGACACGUCCAACCCCUACCGCCCCAAGUUCAAGAAGAGCAAUCGUGCCCUUCUGGCCUCCAUCGCAGACGAGAUCCGUGCGAAACCUGAUGGAGGCUUCUACAUUACCUACAUGGGCUCUGCCCUAGGUACCUCUCCCGGACGUCUGAUCGAGACUGAUGAGAACUUUGAUAUCAUCCACGAGUGGCCCGAAGAUGUGGAGAGCACUCUUAACAUCCUUGGCGAGCAACACUCUCCUCACGGCCUGAGCAUCGACUGGGAGAAGAAGCUCAUCCUUACUUCGGACUUUGUGGAGCCGAUCAGUAUCCUGAAGCCCAGUCCUGGGGUUCGACAUGCUGAUACGCUUCGUCUGUGGGAUCUUGACACGAAGAAGAUUCUUAAUACUAUUACCAUUCCUGAUGGCGGUGGUAUCCAAGAUGUCAAGUUCAUUCCUGGAAACCCAGAGUCAGCUGCUCUCGCUACUGCUGUCCAUCUCGGGCAGGUGUGGAUUAUCUAUCCUCUCCGCAAAGACGCCAACGGAAAACAGGGCACAGCAGAGCUGCUCUACGAUCUCGGUCCCAAGGCUCGUGACACUGUCGCCAUUUACACCGACAUCACCCAAGACGGCCGCUUCAUCUACCUCACCCUGACGACCGCGAACCACAUCGCCGCUCUCGACAUCAGCGACCUCAGCAACGUCAAGCGUCUAGACGAUCCCGAUGAGGAGCAGCCCACAGUUGGUCCUCACUACAUCAAAGUCACGCCGGACCAGAAGCACCUCGUCGUAACCGACUACUUCGUGCAGACCGGAGACAUUGGUAUCAUUAACACGCCGGCUGAUUUUAAGGCGCUGUACAUUGAUAUCAACGAUGAUGGAAGCUUGAGCUUCAACCGGACCAUUGAUUUCAGCAAGGAGUUCCCGGAGCGUGGUGGUGCUAAGCCGCACUCUAGUGUUGUUUUCGAUCUGACUGAUCCAGAAAACCCUUACUAUUACUAG